AAAUCUCAGCACGUUUUCUCUGCGGUGCGAUGAGAGAUCUUCAAGGAAAACUCACUCAUGCAAUCCUAUGAGCAUGUACAGGCGAAAACUGAAGGCCUUGGGAUAUCAUCACCCGGAAACUUUUGACGUGAAUAAUGAAGACGAAUUCAGAAACCUUGUUGUAUGGCUGGAAGACCAGAAAAUUCGCUACUACAAAAUAGACGAGCGGAAGGAACUCAGAGAUACUAAAAAGAUUGAAUGGACAAAAAGUCUAAAAAAGUAUUUAGAUGAUCUUCAAUGCCCUUUGGAUUUUUCACAAAAGCCCAGCGUAGUUGACUGGUUACUGGCUCAUGCUGUAAGAGUUGAAUUUGCAGAGAAUGCUGAAACAUACAGUGCUGCUGUGCAAACUGUCAAGAAAGAAAAGGUUGAAGUAAUAGAAGAGCAAUCACUUGAUGACAGCCUAAUCAAUUUGACUGUUGACAAUCCAGAUCUUAAAGCUGGUGUAGCAUCUUUGUCAAAACUUCUUAGCUUACCAGAACACCCUGAUCACUUUGUUUUGCUACAGGCUAUCCACUCACUUAUUGAAGGCAAGCUAUCAUCAUUGGCCUCCAAGACUGGUAAAAAAGUGAAUAAAAACACUGAAGACGUAAUUCCUCUUCGCAAGGUGGACUUGGGAUUUAACACAGGAGACUCUGCGGUCAACGAUGCCGCCAAGAUAAUCAGGUUAUUGCAUGUCACAGAACUACGAAAUCUUCAAACGAGGAUCAACGAGGCUAUAGUAGCAGUUCAGUCCAUUACAGCUAAUCCUAAAACAGAUCAAUCACUCGGGCGAGUUGGCGUGUGAUAACUUGUUGUAUUUGGGAGCACAGUUUAAUGUCUCUCAGUGGCAGACAUGGCUUCGUACCUUCUUAUCCAAGGGUCUAACAUACUACUUUAUCCGUCAGUCGCACAAGAAGUCUAUCUGUACAUAGCAUAGUAAGGUAAUUUAUUACACGACUCAGGCAGUCAGAGGGCCAAUAACUAAAAUCAACCAAUCAAAAUGCUCUAUUGC